AUGAACUUAUCAAACAAUAAUAAAACACAAAUCAAUCGAAGGUUCAUCGAUAAUGAGAUUAGAUACAAAAUAGUAGAUGAAAUAUGUUCUGAAACAAACUUGUAUGCUAUACUCGGUGUCGAACGAUCUUGUACAUCAGAAGAACUAAGGAGAGCAUAUAUCAACAGGUCGAGAAUUUGUCAUCCAGAUAAAUUUCCAGAAUAUCCAAAAGCAACCGAAGCUUUUCAAAAAUUGGCUUAUUCCUAUGAAACACUUAAUAAACCUUCUUCACGUCACGCAUAUGACAUAUCAGGAACAAUUGAUCUUGAUGGUGUAAAUGGAAAUGGAGAUGAGACAUUACAUAGUGUUUUAUAUCAAUUAUUCUUGGAAUUUAUGGAUGGCGAUUUUGAAAAGAUUCGCUCUUUAGUUAAUGCAUUAAAUGAAGGUAAUCCUGGACUCGAUCUUGGGGAGGAUGCCAUUGAAAUUUUGGAGACUGCAUUUCGACGAAUGAGAGAAUUACUAUUGGUUCAACAACAAUUACGAAAUCUCAGAUUUUUUAACGUAUUUGGUCGAUUUAAAUUAUCCUUGCAAUUGACUCGGAUAGCAUUUACCAUACCGUUGUUGAUUGAUAAUGCAAUGAAAUCUGAAAUUGAUCAUAAAGAAUUAAAUAGUAAUAAUAAAGGAAUUUUAAGUGAUAAUAUGGUUAAUAUUAUUUCAGGAUUUAUAUCAUUAUUGGAUAAUUUGGAACAAAGAAUUUAA